CAUGGCCCCGGUAGAGGUACAAUGGCUGCCUUCCUAACGGAGACCGAGGCAGAAGGAAAAGCAGAUUUGCACUCUAUAAGCGGCCUAAAUCCAAUGGUGUCAGAGCCAGCAGCGUUCACGUGAUCUCCACUCCACAGGCCUCUAAGGGUCUAUGUAUACAGAAUGAAGGGAGCAGCGCUGAUAGUGUGCAGGCGUGCGCAGUCUCACACAGUCCUGCAGAGGAGCUGGCACCAGCUGGCGGCAGUGUGACAGGCAGUGACCUAGCGCAGGGCAGCUCUGGGCUGCAGAAGACCUUAGCUUGCCCAGAAGAUGAAGCAGCGGACAUGUCUCAGGAGCAUUUGGGUAGCAGCUCAGAUGAUGAUGAUCACCAAAUAGAUCUUGCCCGCCGUUUCCAGGCGAUCAGCAGUAGAGGGCAACACAGCAUCUCCUACACGCUGUCCAGAAACCAGACCGUGGUGGUGGAGUACACGCACGACAAGGACACCGACAUGUUUCAGAUUGGAAGAUCGACAGAAAGCCCGAUUGACUUUGUUGUUACGGACACAAUAUCUGGUAACCAGAACGAUGAGACCCAGAUAACACAAAGUACCAUCUCCAGGUUUGCAUGCAGGAUCGUCUGUGACCGCAAUCUACCGUACACGGCGAGGAUCUUUGCAGCGGGGUUCGACUCUUCAAAAAAUAUCUUUCUUGGUGAGAAAGCAGCUAAGUGGAAGAACACUGAUGGUCACAUGGAUGGAUUAACCACCAAUGGUGUUCUUGUAAUGCAUCCGAAAGGGGGUUUCACUAAUGAUUCCAAACCUGGUGUUUGGAGGGAAAUCUCAGUUUGUGGGGAUGUCUACACUCUCCGAGAAACCAGGUCGGCUCAGCAGAGAGGAAAACUGGUGGAGAACGAAACCAACAUUCUUCAGGAUGGAUCUCUGAUUGACUUGUGUGGAGCUACCCUCCUCUGGAGAACGGCAGAUGGCUUGUUUCAUACACCAACCCAAAAACACAUUGAAGCCUUGAGACAGGAGAUUAACGCCGCCCGGCCUCAGUGUCCAGUUGGAUUAAACACUUUAGCUUUUCCAAGUAUUAACCGCAAGGAUGUAGUGGAAGAAAAACAGCCUUGGGCUUACCUUACCUGUGGCCACGUACACGGAUAUCACAACUGGGGUCAUCGGAGCGACGCGGACGCCAACGAGAGGGAGUGCCCUAUGUGCAGAACAAUUGGUCCAUAUGUGCCUCUCUGGCUUGGAUGCGAAGCUGGAUUUUACGUAGACGUUGGCCCCCCUACACACGCUUUUAGCCCUUGCGGACAUGUCUGCUCAGAAAAAUCUGCCAAAUACUGGUCUCAGAUCCCACUUCCUCACGGUACCCACGCAUUUCACGCCGCCUGUCCUUUCUGUGCAACACAACUGACUGGAGAAGAAAGCUGCGUUAAGCUUAUUUUCCAGGGCCCUAUUGACUGAUGCUAUUUAUAACAGAAUAACAUUUUGUUAAUAAAAAAAAUUCAAAAAAAAAGAAAAAAUACUGUGAAGUUUUCACCACUAAUAACUAGAUUUUUUUUUAUUAUUAUUUUAUCAAAGGGGCUCAAAUAGCUGAUGGUUUUUGUGUUUUCAAAUUGAUCAGAUGUGCACCAGCAGCUUAAUCGUGGAUAGAUAAUUAUUAUUUUAAUACAAACCCUUUGCUUGAAAGAGGGAUGCCUUUUCAUUUUUAAGUUUACUUUUUUUUUUUUUUUAGCUCUGGUCAUUUCUCCCCCCCCUUCCUAUACUGCCCACAGAGCAAAGGCAGCCAUCUUGCAGGCUUAGACACAGUACUGGUUAAAGGGGCUGUCCCGAUUCAGAGCUGAACCUGGACAUAGCUCCAUUUUCACCCCGGCAGCCCCCCUGACUUAAGCAUUGAUGCUCCGAUGCUCUCCUUUGCCCUGCGCUAAAAGGCACAAGAGUUCCCGUGACGUACCGGGCUCUCCGUGGGGCUGCCAGGAAGCCGGACAACCCCUUUAAAACCGCAGCCACUCAGUAACAGCAAAGCAUUUAAUUUAAUGCUAAGCAAUUACUUAAAUGUCAAAUCCAUAUAUUCUGCAGCGAGGACCGACAACCCUGCAGGUUAUUACUAUGAUGCAAACAAACUAGUUCAGGAUAUUGAUGACCUAUCCUCCAGAUAGGCUAUCCGUUCAAGAUCAGUGGGCGUCGAAAUCUCAGUACCCGUGCCCAUCAGCAGUCUGAAGGAGCUGCGGGCCUACAUGGGGCCAUCUACCUGCAGGCUAUCUACUUAGUAGCGAUGGUGUAGAACAGGGAUCAGUAACCUCUGGCACUCCAGCUGCUCUGAAACUACCACUCUCAGAAUCCCUUCUAUGGGCGUUACAAUAACAGCCACGUAAGUGUGCAUGCUGGGAGUUGUAGUUUCACAGCAGCUGAAGGCUGCUGAUCCCUGGUGCAGGAUAGUGCAGCAGCCCCUCUAAACAGCUAGUCGGCAGGUUGCUGAGAGUCUGGCCCCCACUGACCUGAUAUUGAUGUCCUGGACAUAGGCCAUCAAUAUCCUGCAGAGCUUUGUGUUUUUUCUAAUACAGAGCUCCAAAUCCCCUGCACGGACAUAUUCCAAACCUCAGAUUUGACUGCCUGCAGGCACCACUAGAGGGAGCUCACGGUGAACUAUGUUUUUGAGUUCAGUGGAAGAUUACUGCAUACAGUUUUACACUGGAGAUGAGCGAAUUAAUUCAAAUGAACCGUUGUCUCAUCCGCAGGACUUCUUCUUCUGCGGGGACAGCCCCUCUCAGGUGAAGAAGAGUCCACCUGCUGCUAGAUUGACAGGGCCAGACAUUUAGACCACUAUCUGCCUGUGCUCCAGUUAGCCCCAGCUCUGCUUUGGAGCAGUGACUGUGCAGGCGCCACUACACUUCCAGGUAGCGCCGCCUGUGCCGAAGCAGAGAUUGGCACCUCACAAGUGAAGAGGUCCUGCAGAUGAGACAAAUCUCUAGCUUCCUCUAUUAGUGGCUGCAGGUAGACAGUGUUGUGUUUUACAUUUAUGUCUAUGCUGGAGAUCUGAAGUUAUGUACCGAAAAUACAAAUAUUUGUACGUAUUUAUAUUAAAGGGAGUUUGUCAGCAGCAGUCUAUGCUAAAAUGCUGACCGCAGUAGGUAGGGGCUGGGGAGAGCAAUACAGACAUGCCUUUUGUGGAGAUUUUAUCAUCAGGAUUAGGCCUCAUGCCCACGACCGUUCCGUUUUUUUGCGGUCCGCAAAUCGCGGAUCCGCAAAACACAGAAGCCGCCCGUGUGCCUUCUGCAAUUUGCGGAACGGAACAGGCGGCCCAUU